UUUUGUCUGUAUACAUUAUAUAAAAACUAGUUUCAUUGUUAUUUAUUUUCGGUAAAAGUGUCGUCUUGUUAAAUCGAAGUCAUGAAUCGGGCUAGUUCGUCGAAGUCUAGUCAACAUAACCUCAUUCAGUACAGUCCUGUACUGAAUGAUCUUUACGAAUCCGAACCAACAUUAUAUACCGUCAAGGGUAUGGCCAUACUUGACAAUGAUGGCAACAGAAUUCUUGCUAAAUAUUAUGAUAAAAAUAUAUUCCCAACAGCAAAGGAACAGAAAGCAUUUGAAAAGAAUCUUUUUAAUAAAACACAUAGAGCCAAUGCCGAGAUUAUUAUGCUCGAUGGUUUAACUUGCGUUUAUAGGAGCAACGUAGAUUUAUUUUUCUACGUAAUGGGAAGCUCACAUGAAAAUGAGUUAAUUCUGAUGAGCGUUCUCAAUUGUUUGUAUGAUUCUGUAAGUCAGAUUCUUAGAAAAAAUGUUGAGAAAAGAGCAGUCCUAGACAGUUUAGAUAUUGUCAUGCUAGCAAUGGAUGAAAUUUGUGAUGGAGGAAUCAUUUUAGAUGCAGAUGCUACUAGUGUCGUUCAAAGGGUAGCAUUAAGGACUGAUGACAUACCACUUGGAGAACAAACAGUUGCACAGUCCCUGAUUGUAUUGCAGUCGGCAAAGGAGCAACUAAAGUGGUCAUUAUUAAAAUGAAUUCUUUCUAUACAAUAUAGCAAUGUUAUUUUUACAAUAAUACAAAAAAAAAAAAAGACAAAUUUUAUAAAUAUUAUCACAAUGUGCUGUUGCAUAUUAUAGAAAUAAUAUGUAAAUAAAUUAUAUCAACUUGGAUUCAUUCUUCAAUUCUCAAAUUCUUCGUACAGUCCACAAUAAGGAGAGUAUUAUUUUAUUUAAAUAUUCAACAUUAUCUUUUUUUUUUUCAUUAACAUGAAGUCAACAAUAAAUCCUAUACAAAUGCUGAAAAGUAUGUUAAAUAAAAUCGCUUUUAAGGUUGUUGUAAAUAUCGGUGGUCCAGGUGGUCCAGUGAAAGCAAUUAAGUGUAUAAAUGGUGAAAAUUA